GUGGAGAGAAAACAAACAAACAAUAAUAAAAGUUAAUUAGACACAUUUUGCUUAAUUUUCGUGAAAAUUGUUGUGAAAAAUUGAACUUUUGUAUCCAUUCGUGCCUGCUAGUGGGAAAGUGAGCUUCCGCUAUAUAGUUACGAGCCGUGGCGAUGAAAUUUGCCACCAAUUCACAAAUUGCAGCCGACUAUCCACAAAGGACGAAUUCGGCAGGUGCUGCAUAAUGUGUGAUAAUGGCCGCAAAAGCUUGUUCAUCUAAUAGCUAGUUGACUAAAUUAUCUUUGUGAAUCAAAGACAAAAUUCUAUUUCGUAAAUGAUGCGACUAAAGCACGGCAUGAAAACGUCCGCAAUCUUGGAGCAGGGCGCUAAACGAUGCCGACGAACGGAAGCAAAACAAGAAGAGUGUCCGAAGAAGAAAAAACUGGAUCUGUGGAAAAAGAUAAUCGCAAUUCUCAAGAAGGUAGAAUCAAAACGAACCGGUGAAGAUGAACGAUUAUUAGGGAACCAUAAAACAUUGGUAAAGCAGAUUUUGGAACGAAGAAAACGACGGGUUGAGUAUAAAGAGCGAAUGCUGGAAACUGAAGAUGAUCCAUUGGAUAUAGAAACAAAAGCAUUAAAGCUGGCACAAGCAAUUAUAAAGUCUAAUCAUUUGGUUGUAUAUACAGGAGCAGGAAUUAGUACAUCGGCAAAGAUACCCGAUUAUCGAGGAAGUCAAGGAAUUUGGACUAUGCUGGCUCAGGGGAAAGACAUUGGCGAGUACGAUCUGUCUCUUGCGGAUCCAACAUAUACUCAUAUGGCCCUUUUUGAAUUACACAAGAGAGGAAUUCUGAAACACGUUGUUUCGCAAAAUUGUGAUGGUUUACAUUUGCGCUCUGGAUUGCCGAGGUUUUCCCUCUCGGAGGUGCAUGGAAAUAUGUACGUAGAAGUUUGCAAAAGCUGCAAACCAAACGUUGAAUAUUGGAGAUUGUUUGACACUACGCAGCUAACUAAUCGGUAUCAGCACAAAACAAACCGACGAUGUCGGAGAUGUGGAAAACCUCUAGUGGAUACAAUUGUUCACUUUGGGGAGCGCGGGCAACUUAAGUGGCCAUUAAAUUGGGGCGGAGCAACACCGCACACGGAGAAGACUGAUGCUAUUCUAUGCUUAGGUUCUAGCUUAAAAGUGUUGCGAAAAUACACCUGGUUGUGGGCCACAGAUAGACCAAUGAAAAAACGUCCAAAAAUUUUUAUAAUAAACUUGCAGUGGACCCCUAAGGAUAAAGUUGCAACGAUAAAAAUCAACGGAAGGUGCGACGAAGUGAUGCGACUUGUGAUGAAGCAUUUAAACAUAGAUGUCCCGGACUACAAUCGCCUAAAGGAUCCAAUCUUUGCUCAUGCUACUUUGUUACUGCCGGAAGAACAACAUACUGCUUCACAGCCAAUGCUCAAAAAAGCUAUGAAAGAGGAAACAAUCAAUGAUGGAUCCAGUUCGAAUGGAGUCGACAUAAAAAAAGAACUGAAAAAUGAAGAAUCAGAUACAAAAAAGGAGACAAUCCACUCAUCCCCGCAUCAGCCAGUUCCGUUUCUUCUAGCUCCGCAAUCGUUUUUAACGCCUCAGCAAAUGUAUAUCAAUAAUAUUCUUAUGCAGCAACACAUUGGUUACAAUCUCUUGCUAAAUGCUGCACAGUUGCAGGUGAAAAAUGAGACACAAUCAAGUCCGACGUCUCCGACUGCCAAAUUGCCCCCACAGUGUGCAGUUCCUCCACUGGUUCCAUGUACACCGAACGGUUCUCGGACUAUGGGGUCUGCUACGAACCGAUUUAUUCUACCGAAUUCAACAUCGCCAAGUAAACAGCAACAACUACCUUCAUCUAUGAAUGUCAUUAAAAUUGACACUGCCUCAAGUCUAUUUGGAAAUCUUCGACAAAUGCUCAAUACAAUUGACGAUCGCCAACCAUCUGUUAGCAACUCAAGUACUAAUGAAGCACCUAAUACCGGGAAUUCACCGAUUAACCAAAUUCACAUUGUAAUGCAGCCUGUUUUGCCUACUACUGCCAACGUUCCUAAGCUAAUUCCAUUAAAUUCAACUGUUAAAGAUUCAGCCCUCAAUAGUGAUUCGAAAGUAGCCUCAGCACCAUGUAAUAAAGACUCUUCGGUGGAAGCAGCUAGUGUUUCCUUGAAAAAAUCUUCAUCACUCGAUGAUCCCGAAAAAGUGAGCGAAAAAUUGCCAGACUGUAUUCUGCAAGAUGCUGUAUCAGAUGAACAAGUGCGCCUUGAAAGUGAUACAUCAAACUCGGGAAAAGACGCUAGUUCCACGCCAGUAGAAGCCGUGGUCAGUGAAAAUGAGGCGAUAGAUAAAACUGUAGAUCCCGUGACGGAUUCAUCCAAGGAAAAUUUGAAACUGAACAAUAGCGUUCCUGAACCUAAGAGUCAAGAUUCUAACGAAAAAAAUGAAUGUAUUGACCAGUCCGCUACUUUGGAUUCUACAGACGGUAAAAAAUCUGAGCAAUCUUCUGCGGAAGAUCAUUCGACUAGGUCAUCAUCAUGUGCUAAUUCUUCAGUUCAACCUCCAAACACGGUGAAAGUAGUCUUGAGUCAUAGCCAAGUGUUUCACUUGUACGAAAGCGCACCUAAGUUUAUCGACGGUUGUCCCCCUGCGCUUACUCUGAUUAGUCCGAUAAAACUUCAACUGCCACUCAAAUCAGGAAAGGUUACGCCUGUUUUGGCACCUCAACUCAGUGCAGUAUCAACGAAAAUACUUAGCGGCAGCGAUUGUAACAACAAGAAUAAUCAAACCAAGUUACUACCUGCCAACAGGAUUAUUUUGGGAGGACAACAAUCUCUACCAACUCGGAUGUUGACACCACAAACGGCAUGCUUGAAAAAUUUUCGAUUAAAUAAAAUAAAACCAGUAGACAGUUUAAUCAGAAAAGUUCCGGCUGUAGAGAAGAAGGAUCCAGUAGGUGAUACGGAAACUGUUGAUAAUAACCCUUCAACAGUGCCAACGCUCAAAACUUCUAAUUCAUCUACUCUACUAACAAAUGGCAUUCAACAUAUGAGAGCACCACUGACACCCAAUGGUGCGCUACAGCCGCAUUUAAUGAUAAAUGGAAUGCCAGCAGUCAUUACUACAAAUUUAGGAUCAAACGCACCAAAAGCUAUUCCCGUAAAUGCGGCUCAGCGGUUUCCGAUAGCGUACGUAUUGAAUAAUGGAAUACCAAAUCAAGCCGGGAACAUUGUUUUACUUACGAGUCCACCACGCACUGUGAGUCCGAUUAAGCCAUUGUUUCCAAACAUCAUUCCUACUGCGGUGCAAAUAUUGAAAACACCAACUAAAUCAGUUACGGUAGCUACACCAUCUGAUAGUAAAAUCGAUGAAAAAUGGACUAAAAUAAAGAGUAGUCAUACGUUGAUCGGUAAUAGUACAGAUCAAAAGCAUCAAGAUGGUUCAGAACUAAAAUCAGAUGAAAGCUUGUCAGCUAGUUCAGAGGUAACUCCGCAUAAACAGGAUGAGGAACUGGAAAAACCGGUGCUAGAAACUGUAGCCGAAGAGCAGACUGUUCAAUCGUACGGCAGAACUCGAAGUUUUCGAAUUCGUAAAAAAACUGACUUUCUCAACAUAAAACACGAAAAGAAGCGAACUCGAAAGGAUAACGCUCCGACAACACCCUCACCGAAAAAAGAACCACAGAAAGUGACUGACGCGGGUGCCAAGCAGGAGCAGCCAGUUUACACAUCUGCUGCAACCUUAUUGAAUACAUUUACCGCUUCAACUGCAACUGCAAGUGUGCCACAGCUAAUUAAAACACCUUCACCACCACUGACACCCACUACUUCGAUGGCUACGACCAAUGCGACAGUGACGCCAGAAGCCUGUAGCAUACCGGUGCGAAGUUUUCUGACCUUCACACCACCUGGAAGUUAUAUACAACAAUUCGUCACGCCAGUGCUGGCCGGAACAGCAGAAACCGCACAGGACAAAGUGAAGCGCAUUCUUAGCUAUUGCAAGGUACUGCAGAACCCGUGUGCUGCUACGCUGCCACAGUGGUAUGAUGUCAACUAUGCGUACUCUGGAUUGCACAGUAUUAUCCAUCCACCCCCUCCUAACGUGAAUCUCUGGGGAGGGGCCGGUUCACCCAUCAAGUCCGAAUUGAACAUCGAGUGUAAAUUCUGCUUCGAAAACUACCGACAGAUAAGCUGCCAGUUUUACAUUGCACAGCCGGCAAGGUUUACUGUACAAUCCAACAGGCAUGGUAAGCUGGUGAUUUGCGAAUGCUGUGAUUUCUCGGACGAAGAGGAAGAUAAUAACAAAGUGGACGUUGAAGAUAAACUGCAUUUAGAGGAGGAGAAGCAAGAAGUCGAGGUACAACAAGCAGCAGCAAUUGCUUCGGUGUCAACCAGUGGUAAUGAGAUUAAAAGUGAACCAGAAACUGAUAGCGGUGAUGAUAAGCCUUUACUGGAGAAGCGACAUGCUGUGACUGAUGUUUCAGAUAAAAUCCAGAAACAUGGUAAAAUCGAGGAUAAAUCAUUGACGGGAUCGGCGGGCUUUAAAGAGAAUACCACCGUGACGACAGGUCAUGUCAAGAAGUCUCGUACGAAGCCUGGUUGGUAUGGUAAAGGGUAUGGUAAGUUAAGAAAGAAGAAAAAGCGUUUCGGAUAAAGUAGUUUUGGGACUUUUUUUUAGUUAGUAACAGGUUAUUUACUUUACACUAUUUUGCAUUUUCAACUGAUUUCACAUUUCGAUGUUGUAUUUUGUUCCUUUUUUUGUCCCGGUUAGAAACAUUUUAUCUAUACGUCAACUAUUAUUUAGAUUCGGUUUUAUUGCUAGAUAAGCGAAAACAUCGAGAAAUAUGGUUACAAUGCGUCUCUAUAAAAUUUAUUGUUGUUCCGUAAGAGGUUUCAACAAAAUUGGUUUACUUAGGACUGUCUCUUCCACUGGAAAUCGUUGAGAUGAAUUGAUAUAUCGAAUUCCCGAUUAUUUAUAACUCUUUUUUGGGAUUUUCUGAGAACCUUUGAUUGACGAUUUCGUACUUUGAAAAAUUAAACAGAAUCACUUCCUGCACAUCAAAUUUCGAUGGAUUGAAUUCUGUGCAGCUUGUUCUUCCAGCACAGUAUUGUGUGGUUUAUAAUUUUUCUGGAAAUAUUUUCUCAGUGGAACGAGAGAGAACAAGUCAAAAUCUAAAUAUUAGUCACAAGUUGCAACGUCAGAAGCACAAUUGUUUAUUUUAAGUGCUGAAAAAGAUUGUAUAACAAUUCCUCGAAAACCAUUCCCCAGAAAAUAAAACGCCGAAGCUUUUUCCCCAGAAAACAAAA